GCAAAAGAGUCAAUGGAAAUAGCAGCCCUAGGAAGACCCCUGUCACUUGGCAUGCUUUACGACUGCCGCAAAGAUUCCUUAAUUCCAGGUGUUACUCUCUGGGAUAAGAAAUCAUUGAGUGAAAAUUUGGACAUUCAUCAUCAGACCGAGACAGAUCUGAAGUUUAGUAGCUCUGAUUCACUUUCUAGUAAGUCCAGUCUCCUGGAUGUAAGAGCUUCCCUGAAGGCCAGUUUCUUGGGGGGGCUUGUGAAUGUGGGAGGAUCUGGCAAGUUCCUGCAUGACACCAAAACCUCAAACCAACAGUCCAGAGUUACAAUGUUUCACAGUGAAACCACAAGAUAUGAACAGCUCACUAUGUCCCAGCUGGGCCAUUUCACCUACCCUGAGGUGUUUGAGCAGAAAAAUGCAACUCAUGUGGUCACGGUGGUACUGUACGGAGCUCAAGCAUUCAUGGUGUUUGAUCGGACAUUUUCAGAAGAGGAAAACAAGCAGGAGAUUGAGAGAGAACUGAAUGUCAUGGUCAAGAGCAUCCCUACAUUUUCCAUUAAGGGAAAAGGAUCUGUAAAUAUGAAAGAAGAUGAAAAGAAUAAGGCAGAGAAAAUCGCCUGCACAUUUCAUGGGGACGUCUUACUUGAGCAGAACCCCACCACAUACAUAGAGGCCCUACAGACAUACAAGCAGCUCCCCGCUCUGCUGAAGAAUCCACAGAAUGAAGUUCCAAUAAAAGUCUGGCUUUAUCCGCUUCAUCUGUUGGACAGUAAGGCAGCUCAGCUGGAGAGAGAAAUCACCACAAGUCUGAUUUCCGACACUGAACAUAUAACCGAGGAGCUGGGAGAGGCAGAGAGGACAUGCAAUGACCUGUUUAAAAAUACACUGGUCAGUGCUUUCAGUGACAUCAAAGAGAGGCUGCAAUUAUUUCAGAGCUUAUUUAGCAAAUACAAUACAAUGCUCAUGGAAGCAGUUGGCAGGGUCUUGCCUGCUAUUCGAGGAGGAGAGAUGGAGGACAAAUCUCUGGAAGACAUCCUGAAUAUCCACAGGAGCUCUCCGUUUAAUGCUGACAAGCUGAAACACUGGUUAAAUGAUGCAAAGUCUAAACUUCACAUCUUGAGUUCUGUCACCAAGUCACUGGAAGGGAUCAGAAUUGAAGACUCAGUCAAUAUCAUGACCCUCUUCUUUAAUCCUAAUAUCGAUGCAGUGGUGUGCUUGACCUUGACAUCUCUGAAGUAUGAAGACACAUAUCUUUCAACCCUGAAGAAGUUCCUGCAAUCUGACAUGGUUAAAGAUAGGGAUAUCACUUUUUUUUCUGUGGAGCCUCUCAUAAAGUGGUUCAGUGAUCCCAGUAUCAUAAUAAAAAUGAUAGAGAACUUGUCUCAAUUCAGGAGGAUUGCAGAGGCCAAUAAAGAUGAAACAAGAAUCCGCUUCAUUAUUUCUGCCAUCUCCAAUCCCAACAUUGCAGGCUCCUCCAUCUAUCUGUAUGAAAAAGGUAAACUGACAGAAACACAGUUCGAGCCCACGUCCAAGCCACCCCCACCAAUAGUGAGGAAUGUCCAGGCCCAAGCUGUGUCCCUUAAACUGCAGAAGUCUUCAUCUAGAGAGAGAGUGCAUUACAGAGUGGAAUACAAGCAGGUGAAACCACAUUCUGGAGCUGAGGAACCAUGGUCUUCUAAAGACACAUAUGAUGAAGACUUUACUCUGACUGGAUUGGAGCAUGGAAAGCAUUACCUGAUCCGCUACAGGAUUGUUGGUAAAGUGGGAGUGAGUGAAGCCAGUGAUACUGUUAGUGCUACAGUUAGUGCUAACCCUUUCGGAGUGGUUCGUUUUCAUGGGUUUUUCACAAUCAUGAAAGUGAUGAGCUGGUCUGACAGCAGGCAGUUUUGCAGAGAUCAUGGUGGUGAUCUGGUCAUUAUCAAGAGUACACAGAAGCAGAGGCUCGUAUCUUCAUUCAUCAAGAAGAUUGGUGUGCCUGUGUGGAUUGGUUUGUCUGACUUAGAGAAGAAGGGCCACAUGAAAUGGGUGGAUAAUUCACCACUGAAUCAAGGGUUUUGGCGUGAAGGUGAGCCGAAUGACCAGAAUGGAAAUGAGGACUGUGUUGUAUUGAAUCCAAGUCCCAUCAUGUACAACUGGAAUGAUAUCCCAUGCUUGGUGUACAGCAGCUUUAUUUGUGAAUAAAAGGGUUCCUCUCAUAUUGUCAUGCAUUUACCAGUAUUAUUUUAUGGCAUAAAACCAGAUAAAUCAUUAUUAAGAUUCCUGUCUUUUAAAACCCUGUCAGCUCAUUUAAUCAUAUAUAAACUGCUUUUGUGAUGUCAGUUUCAUUUUAGAAUUUUCUGUAUAUUCUUAUAUCCUGGAUAUUCAGAUCAAAGAAUAACGUAAAACUUUUUCAUUUUGGUAUAAUAAACCCACAUCAUCCUGAUUCUGUCUGGAUGAUGGCACAAUAUGAGACACCAAACCUCUGAUGUGUUCUUGUCUUGCUCCAC